AUGAAGGUACUCCCAGUGAAGGUAGACCAGAUGGGGAAGAAGAAGGAGAAGAAGGUCCGCCGGAAUAACAACGGUGAAAAUGUUCUUGUGAAAAAGAAAAAAAAAAACGGUACAGAAACUCUACUGAAAAAGAAGGCACGCACAUCUGCGAAGGAGGACGCCGUGAGGAAGAUUCUAAAAAAGUUGAAGAGGAUGGGUUCCCUGGGGGAAGAGAAACCGACCAAGAAGGGGGGAGAGGCAAGGAAGAAAUCCCAAAAGGAAUUAAGCAAGUUAAGGAAGAUUACCCCGAAAGGGAGUCUUUUGAGGAAGGGUGCCUCGAAGAGGAAUUUGUUGAAGAAGGACAACCGCAGGUCGAUGCUCGAGACAGACCCGGAUGACUAUGCUGAAGCGAAAAGGUUGGCCCAAAACAAAACCCUGCUCGCAAAAAAGCGAAAAGAAAUAAUGAUUAAGGUUACCCCCAGUGAUGGCAACAACGAAUGGCUGGAAAAGUUGGACCUGACCUGCUCACAAAAUAUUUACUUAAAAAAAAUGAAAUUGUUCGGACACUGCGAAGUGAGAGAAAAUGAAUUUUUGAAGCUCACACAUGAAAACGUAGUGGAGGGUCUGAAGAAGCUCCAAGAUCUACACAUCUCCUUUAACAGGCCAUACGACUUUUUGGCAGACAUGGUUAAAAGUGAUUUGCACAUGGAGAAAGUUAGGGAAAAAAUUGUGAAGGAUCAUGAGCGGGUAGAAGAAAGAGAAAAAAAUAAAAUAAAAAGAAUGAAUAAAAAAUUUAAUAAAAAAAGUGGCUCUGCAAAAGUAGCUAGCCAAAUGGAAGCUAUAGAGAAAAAAAAAAAUUUGCAGAAGAUUGACCAGCUGCGGAAAGAAGAUAAACUUAAGACGCUCAACGUGCAGGAGUUUUUUCUCAAGCACUCCAAGUCGGACGAAGAGAAGGGCCGCCGGGGGGGGAACAAGAAGAGCGACCGAAAGGGAAACAAACAAAGUGACAGAAAGGGGAACAAACAAAGUGACAGAAAGGGGAACAAUCAAAGUGACAGAAAGGUGGCUACAAAGAAGGACGACCAAAAGGUGAAAACAAAAAAAGACCGAAAGGAGAACAUAAAAAGCAACCGAAAGGGUAAGGCACGCUUCAAGACGAAAAAGCGAAUUAUGAAGAACAAAAAAAAUAAAGGCAGGAAGAAUUUCAAGAGACGUUAG